CGGAAUCUAGGUGGGGCCGGCGCCGCGCCCCCGCGGCCAGCCGGGAGUCGCGUCCUCCCGGAGCCGCCUCCCCGCAGCUUCUUCCCUUUUGUCGCGCUCCCCGCGCUCCGGGGCCACUCUCUGCCUGCAUCCGAGCCACGCGCGUUCCUCUCCUCCGCGCCACCACCGUCGAGAUGCUGCGCUGCGGCCUGGCCUGCGAGCGCUGCAGGUGGAUCCUGCCCCUGCUGCUGCUCAGCGCCAUUGCCUUCGACAUUAUCGCGCUGGCCGGCCGCGGCUGGCUGCAGUCAAGCGACCAUGUCCAGACAUCCUCGCUGUGGUGGAAGUGUUCUCAGGAGGGCGGCGGCAGCGGGUCCUACGAGGAAGGCUGCCAGAGUCUCAUGGAUUACGCCUGGGGAAGAGCAGCCGCUGCCAUGCUCUUCUGUGGCUUUAUCAUCCUGGUGAUCUGUUUCAUCCUCUCCUUCUUUGCCCUCUGUGGACCCCAAAUGCUUGUUUUCCUGCGAGUGAUCGGAGGCCUCCUGGCCCUGGCUGCUGUGUUCCAGAUCAUCUCCUUGGUAAUUUACCCUGUGAAGUACACCCAGACCUUCAACCUUCAUGCCAACACUGCUGUCACUUACAUCUAUAACUGGGCCUAUGGCUUCGGGUGGGCGGCCACAAUUAUCCUGAUCGGCUGUGCCUUCUUCUUCUGUUGCCUCCCCAACUACGAAGAUGACCUCCUGGGCAACGCCAAGCCCCGGUACUUCUACACAUCUGCCUAAAGUGGGAAAGGAGCAGAAGAAAAUUGCUGCUGCCCAGAUGGAGUCCAGAGAAAAAAACUGUUUUCCCCACAACACCUUGAAUACCUAUUGGGGGGCACUGUUCAUGUUAUUAAACUAGAGUCAAAAUGCUAAAAUAAUAUUUCUUAAAUGGUGUUAUAGUUUCAUAUUCAUCUUUUAUAUAUGUUUUGUAGUGAUAAACAAGACUUACUUUGAACUAAUGACCUAGUGACUAACAUGCCAGCGUUUCCUUAUAUCUACCCAUACCAUGUAUAAUGCAUUUGUAAAAGAAUAUGAGUAUGAAAUGUACCAUAUAAUUUAUAAGGUAAAAAUGAGAAGGCUUCCAAAGAUUUAAGUAACCUGAUCAGGUUUCUGUUUUUCUCAGAUGGAAUGGACUGGGUCUAUUCAGGACUAAGGAGAAGAGGGCAAUAUUGGUUAAAAAAAAAAAAAAAAUUUCAGUGACCAAAUAUUCUGAAAGAAAUACAAAAAAUAAAUAUUUUUUCAAGCCUUCAGUUCUUUAAAGAAGCAAAAUCAUUUCCUAAAUGCAUAUCAUUUGUGCAAAUUUCCAAAUCACAUUGUGAAUAAUUGGUUUGGGGCUAAGCUUCCCGUGAACUUGAUUGACAUCUAGGAAAGUAUACUUUCUUGGCCCAAGCCUGUUGCAGUAGUAACGGCCUCCUUAAGUCAUGAAAUCUUAAGGUGAAAUGUUCUCCUUUAAAGUGGUUUGUAGGGUUGGGGUGUGGUAAAAUGCUCUAGUAGUAAUUCUGUGCUGUUCGUUGUCUAUAUGCUCUAGACCAGAGUAGAUUGGAUUGAAAGAUGGACUGGUCUCAGUCAUCACGCCUGAUGCUAUGACUAGCUUGUUCAGAACAGCAUUAGGAGGGCCAUUCCUGUCAUAAAAGUAACACUAAAAAGCCUAAAGGGAAGAAAUGGCUUGAAUUUUUCAUUGUAGGCUUGACCAGCUCUAAUCAUAUAGACACAGCUUCUGAUAGAUUGCAACUGUAAGCAAAAACUUAAAUAUAGUCAAAAACCUGGUUUUCCUUGAGAAACAGAGUAAAAAUGUCUUAUGUAAAACAUGCAACAGGAGAAUUCAGGGAGGUGGGAUUUCUCUGAAUGGCAAAUAUGAUAUAUCACAUGGAUUGUUGUUAUUAUUUUUUUACUAUUUGUACUUACACAGUGAAAACCAAUUCAUUUUAUACAUCAAAUUAUUAUUUUGUAAGUUGUAAAAAUAAGCAGUUGCAGUUUUCUUUAUGAAUUUUUUCCCAAUAAACCAGGUGUUUUAAUCUUG